AUCCCUCGCCUUCCGCCGGGGGCUGCUGCCGCCCCCGCCCAGGAGCCGGCGCUCCCGGAGCCGGCGAGCGGCGCGAUCGCCCAAACUCCUGGGAGGGGAGACACCACCCGCCGUCGCCUCCUCUUCCUUCUCCACCUCCUCCUCCUCCUCCUCCUCCCCCCCUCCCCAAACCCCAAAUAAAAGGGGCGGGGGGCGGCAGGAUGCGCCGCUCGGAAGGGAGGUCGGCGCUGCCGCCGGCCGCCUGAUGCUGCCGCAAUUCGCCAUUGCCGGGCACGGCUCGGAGCCGAGCGGAGGGAGGCGGGGGGCAGAGCCGGGGGUCCCGGGGGCAGAGGAGCAGCAGCCCCCCGUGCCCGGCCGCCCCCGCGGGCCGCGGCCGCCGUCCUCCCCAAUGCCCGACCGCCGCCGGCGGGGGGCCCCGGGGGCCCGCUCCUGUCUCCUCUGGCUCUUUGUGUUGCUGAAGAAUGCAGAACCUUUCCAAGUUGCUGUCCGAGAAGACAAUUGUAUCGUUGUCUCCCUGGAAGCAUCAGAUGUGGUGAGCUCAUCCUCUGUAUAUGUUGUGAAGAUAGCUGGAGAAUCCAAGAACUACUUUUUCCAGUUCGACGAAUUCAAUAGCACUUUACCUGCCCCUGUGGUUUUUAAUGCCAAAUACCAUGGCCUGUAUUACAUAGUAACUCUCUUGGUAGUGAACUCAAAUAUGGUUUCCAAGUCAGCGAGAUCAAUCACUGUGUUAACCAAACCACUUCCAGUGAGCAAUGUUUCUAUCUAUGAUUACAAACCAUCUCCAGAAACAGGAGUGUUGUUUGAAAUUCAGUACCCAGAGAAGUACAAUGUUUUUACCAGGGUAAAUAUAAGCUAUUGGGAAGGAAAAGACUACCGAACAAUGCUGUACAAAGAUUUCUUUAAAGGUAAAACAGUUUUCAAUCACUGGCUGCCAGGCAUAUGCUACAGUAACAUCACAUUUCAGUUGGUAUCAGAAGCAACCUUCAACAAGAGCACGCUCGUGGAAUACAGCGGGGUCCAGCAUGAGCCCAAACAGCACAGAACAGUUCCUUACCCACCUCGAAACAUUUCUGUCCAGAUUGUACCAAUCAACAGAAACAACUGGGAAGAGCACAGUGGGAAUUUUGCGGAAGAAUCCUUCAUGGGACCACAAGAAAUCAUAAGGAAAGAGAAAGUUAGCCAUCCUUCUGACAGCCCAGCUGAAAUCCCAGCAGCAAACACAUCUGCAGCCUGGCUGGAUGACCGCUCCAACGGCACCGAGUACGAGGCCACCUCACAGCCAUCCUGGUGGUCUAACGAAGCCGAGUCAUCCGAGGGGGAAGAGGAGUUUGUCAAUGCAGUUUCCAGUGAUUAUGAAGCCAGUGAGGCCAACACAUCUGGCAGACCCACAGCAGAGCCCCCUCCCUUCCUUCCUGUGCAGAUGGUGCUGACCUGGUUACCCCCAAAGCCCCCUACUGCGUUUGAUGGCUUCCAUAUCAAUAUUGAAAGGGAAGAGAAUGCAACUGAAUUUUUGACAGUGAGUGAGGACACUCAAAAAUUUGUUGCUGAGCUGAAAGAACCAGGAAAAUAUAAGUUGUCUGUAACAACAUUUAGCUCCUCUGGCUCUUGUGAAGUUCGGGGAAGUCAAUCAGCAAAAACACUUAGCUUUUAUAUCAGCCCCACAGGUGAGUGGAUAGAGGAGCUCACUGAGAAGCCCCAGCAUGUGACUGUGACGGUGCUGAGCUCCACGACUGCCCUGACAUCCUGGACGGCGUCCCAUGAGAGCAGUGGCAACAGCACCAUCGUGUCUGUGCUCUCCCUCACCUGCCAGAAGCAAAAGGAAAGUCAGAGGCUUGAAAAACAUUACUGCACUGAGGUGAAUUCAAGCAGCAGCCUCAUUGAAAAUCUUGUUCCUGGUGCCCAGUACCAAGUUGUGGUUUACUUACGGAAGGGACCAUUGGUUGGACCUCCUUCUGAUCCUGUCACAUUUUCCAUUGUGCCCACUGGAAUAAAGGAUCUGACACUUUACCCUUUGGGACCUACUGCUGUGGUUCUGAGCUGGAACAGACCUUUCCUUGGGGUGUUCAGGAAAUAUGUUGUAGAAAUGUUUUACUUCAACCCAUCAACGAUGACAUCGGAGUGGACAACCUACUAUGAAAUAGCAGCAACCGUCUCCUUGACUGCCUCUGUGAGAAUAGCCAACCUGCUGCCUGCUUGGUAUUACAAUUUCCGGGUCACCAUGGUGACCUGGGGGGACCCAGAGCUGAGCUGCUGUGACAGCUCCACCAUCAGCUUCAUAACAGCACCCGUGGCACCCAAAAUUACCUCAGUAGAGUAUUACAACCACCUUCUGUAUGUCACCUGGACCUAUGGAGGAGAUGGUCCUGACCUUUCUCAUUCCAGGAUGCUGCAUUGGAUGGUCAUUGCAGAAGGAAAGAAGAAAAUCAAGAAGAGCGUAACACGCAAUGUGAUGACUGCAGUGCUGAGCCUGCCUCCAGGGGACAUUUACAACCUCUCAGUGACUGCUUGUACUGAAAGAGGCAGCAACACUUCCGUGCCCCAACUUGUGAAAUUGGAACCAGCCCCUCCAAAAUCACUGUUUGCUGUCAACAAGACUCAGACCUCGGUGACUCUGCUGUGGGUGGAAGAAGGAGUAGCUGAUUUCUUUGAAGUCUACUGCCAGCAGGCUGGAUCUGGCCAGGAAACAAAAGUCCAGGAACCUGUCACCGUCUCUUCACAUGUCGUGACCAUUUCCAGCCUAACCCCUGCCACUUCCUACAACUGCAGUGUGACCACCUUCAGCCACAACAGCCCCAGUAUCCCCACUUUCAUUGCAGUUUCCACCAUGGUCACUGAGAUGAACCCCAAUGUAGUGGUAAUCUCCGUGUUGGCCAUCCUGAGUAUCCUCCUGAUUGGGCUGCUGCUGGUGACUCUUGUUGUGCUCAGGAGAAAACACCUACAAAUGGCCAGGGAGUGCGGGGCUGGAACCUUUGUGAAUUUUGCAUCUUUAGAGAGAGAUGGAAAGCUCCCCUAUAACUGGCGUAGAAGUGUAUUUGCUUUCCUAACUCUGCUACCCUCAUGCCUUUGGACUGAUUAUCUUUUGGCAUUUUAUAUUAAUCCUUGGAGUAAAAAUGGAUUAAAGAAGAGAAAGCUGACCAACCCUGUCCAGUUGGACGAUUUUGAUGGAUACAUCAAGGAUAUGGCCAAAGAUUCAGAUUAUAAAUUUUCUCUGCAGUUUGAGGAGCUAAAACUGAUUGGGCUUGACAUACCCCACUUUGCUGCUGAUCUCCCCAUGAAUCGCUGUAAAAAUCGCUACACAAAUAUCCUGCCAUAUGAUUUUAGUCGUGUCCGGUUAGUCUCAAUGAAUGAAGAAGAGGGAUCUGACUACAUUAAUGCCAACUACAUCCCUGGUUAUAAUUCACCGCAGGAAUACAUUGCAACCCAAGGACCACUGCCAGAAACUAGGAAUGAUUUUUGGAAGAUGGUUCUCCAGCAAAAAUCACAAAUUAUUGUCAUGCUCACUCAGUGCAAUGAGAAAAGACGGGUGAAAUGUGAUCACUACUGGCCUUUUACAGAAGAUCCUGUUGCCUAUGGGGAUAUCACAGUGGAGAUGCUUAGUGAGGAGGAGCACACGGACUGGGUGUACCGCGGUUUCCGAAUUAGCUACGCUGAUGAGGUGCAAGAUGUGAUGCAUUUUAACUACACUGCCUGGCCAGACCACGGUGUCCCCACGACCAACGCUGCCGAGAGCAUCCUCCAGUUUGUACAGAUGGUCAGGCAGAAAUCAGCAAAGACUAAAGGCCCCAUGGUCAUACACUGCAGUGCUGGCGUGGGACGGACGGGAACAUUCAUAGCCCUGGAUCGGCUCUUGCAGCACAUCCGUGACCAUGAGUUCGUGGAUAUAUUGGGCCUGGUGUCGGACAUGAGGUCCUACAGAAUGUCCAUGGUGCAGACAGAGGAGCAGUACAUUUUUAUUCACCAGUGCGUGCAGCUGAUGUGGCAAAAGAAGAAGCAGCAGUUCUGCAUCAGUGAUGUCAUAUAUGAGAACGUCAGCAAGUCCUAGUUCAGAGUCACAGGUGGUGAGACCAUGAAGCACACCCAUCUUCCCUUGCUUCUGAUUUUUUUUCUGUUGAUGGUUUGAACGGGCAGGUGUUGUGCCACAAGAGACCACUGCUUUGCAGUAGAUGGACAAUGAGGGAAAGAAACUUUUACCUUUCUGAAGCACUGGGGAGACAAAGCCUUAACGAGCCUGCGGUGUCUUUUGAACUGUUUAAUUUCUGGACAUUUUUUUUAAAUACUGGACCAAAUUCAACUAAACAACAUGAAGGAAAAGACACUAUGUGUGCAUAAGAUAGAUUGCUCCAGAGUGUUGGGGUUUUGUUUGGUACUUUUUGGUUAAUUUCUUUCAUAAUUUGUUUUCUUCUGUGCAGGUUGGGCUUAAGGUUAAAGUAAGUGCAAUAUUUUUUUAAUGGUUGACUGAAGAGCUUUCUUCAUGUGUCACUGGUCUGUGCUAACGUCCCUAGGAGAGCAGGCAUUGUUAGUAUCUAAUAAUACCUCAUUAGUGAAUAGCGAGGCAUGAACAUACAUGAAGAAAUCUGGAGAUUGUGAACAGGGGCUGGGAGGGCGGGGGGGUUGCUGGGUACAUGGAUUUGACUGUUUCCUUACAGCACUGAUGUACGUGGGGCCUGGGGGGAGCACAAGACCCGAGGAACGGACUGACGAGCAGAAAUGCAAGCUGUGAAGCCCGAAGCUGGAGUAGGCAGCUGACACUGAGAGAAGGGGUGGGUUUGGUUCUUCACUGGGGCUGCCACUAAUUAAGCAGAGGGAUUGCUCUUCUUGCCAACCUUUUUCAGUAAUGCCACUGAUCAGGCUCUUGUUCUAGAUGAAUCUAAUCACAGGGCAACUGAGUUUCCAGCUGGGAUGUCUUAGCAUACAUACUAUAGCAUUUAACUCUCUGAGCAGUCUAUGGUGCCUAUACCCCUCACUCAUUUAUUAUUUUUAGUAAUUAUUAACCCUGUGUAAAAACGUGAAGCUGGUUCAGGUUGGAGGGGUGGAAAGAAAAAAAAACAAAAAAAACAAAAAGUGCUUUAAUAGAUGUAACUAUUUUUCCUGAACCAGGAAUUUACAAUGUUAUGAUGCAAGGUUUUGGCAUGUGAAGGGCUGGUUAUCAGUUUGUUGCUACGAAGCUGCCAAAGUGUCAGUAUGGAUUCCUGCAGGGCCUUUGGGGGCAGGGCGGGGGGCUCCUUUCUUUUUUGCUGUCCGUUUCAGUUCUAGUCAAAAGAAUUAGCUAUAUAUAAAUUUUUUUUUUUUUUUUUGGUCUUUGUAUAAUUCCGGUACAUCAUUGUGUAUUGUGACAUGGAUGCUGUCAGAAUGGAUGUUUGAUGGCAUUUUUGUAACCUGUUGCUUUGUGUCAUCUCAUUGGAAGUUAGCAGCAAUGGUACUCAAUGUAAGCAAAACAGACUUGAACUGAAAGUAAACACACUGGAUUGCUUA